AUGUACUGUGGGGUGCAAAACUCACAUUUAGAAACUUUGGAGCAACUUAACCAAAAAUUUAAUGAUCCUUCUACACCAGGGCCAAUAAAGACCAUGAUUCUAAGUAUUGCUCCAAAAUCGUGGAGCGAAAACAGGCUUGCAAAAGAGUUUGGAACAUCCAGAAGGCAGGCAAAAAAUGCAAAAGAGUUGGUGAAAAAAAAAGACUUUUAUCUUAGAGAAGAUAAGAGCCGAUUAAUGCCUGGUAAAAAAGAUUUUGUAUCCAUUAAAAAGGACGAUGGAAAAAGGGAACAUUUGCAAAAACAAUUAAUUCUUUAUAAUCGCAGGCGAACGGAAUCGAUCGCCAUGCACGCGUCAGCAUGCCCAGGUAUUAUUCGUGGAUUAAACCGGAGCCCAGCUUCCGGAUUUGCACCCGCAAAAACGUAUUUUCGCCAUCCAAUCGCCUGUUUAGAUCCACAAUCGUACAUCUAUGUACCUACUUCUUCGCCGGAGUUUUUGACGCGCCUUAAGAGCUUUACUCACUUUUUGUAA